AUGCCUGCACAACCGCACAGGCUCAAUUCCAAUGGUCUGGUCAACUCGCCGGGUUUUCUCGGAGCAGCAGCCCGCUUCUGGCAGCGCUCGUAUGCUUCGGAUUAUGUAGGCAUAGCCAUUCUAUUAUGCGGCUAUAUACCGAUCCAGUUGGUCGCCGAGCCCUUUCACCGCAUGUUCUUCCUCGAUAACCUCGCCAUUGGAUACCCCCAUGCAGAAAUCGAGCGCGUCUCCGUCGGCUGGCUCCUCAUCUUCACCGCCGCCGUCCCCCUCGGCCUCCUCAUCACCUGGGCCCUCCUCUUCCGCCCAGGCUCCCACAAAGCUCACGUCACCAUCCUCGGUCUAAUCAUCAGCCUAAUCCUCACCAGCUUCAUAACCGAUGUAAUCAAAAACGCCGUCGGCCGCCCUCGCCCCGACCUCAUCGCCCGCUGCAAACCCGCCCCGGGGACCCCUGCCCAUCAACUCGUCACAUACGAAGUCUGCACGGAGACAAACCACCAUACUCUCCAUGACGGCUGGCGCAGCUUCCCAAGCGGCCACAGCAGCUUCGCCUUCAGCGGCCUCGGAUACCUUUCCCUCUUCCUCGCCGGCCAAUGUCACGUCUACCGCCCCCGCGCUGACCUCGCUCGCGUCCUCCUCGCCCUCGCACCCUUACUCGGCGCCGCCCUCAUCGCCAUCUCCCGCUGCGAAGACUACAGGCACGACGUUUACGACGUCACCGUUGGGUCACUGCUUGGUCUCGCAAUAGCGCAUUAUACCUACAGGAGAUAUUAUCCCGCCCUCAGAAAUCGACUCUGUGACACCCCGUUUCCAAACCCGGCGGAUGAGAAGGGCUGGGGGAAGGUGAAGGGGGAUGAGGAGAGUGUGAGGGGGGCGCAGGAGUUUGAGCUUAGUGAGUUUGAGGAGGAGGAUGGGGAGGGGGGGAGUGAGGCGAGGUUUCUUAAUGGGGGGAGGAGAUAG